AUGCCGCUGACCAUCCUCUCCCAAGCGCAGCUUCGCUCGCUGCUGCUUUCUCUGAACCGCGAUGAGGUGUCCUCGCUACAACAAAGCCUUGCCCAGGCCUUACUAGAAUACUCGACCGGAAGCCAAGAACAGGGUUGUGCCGCGACGUACCAACCUCUCAGAACCGCUAUCACCCGGCAGAAUGGCUGCACGACACUGUUCAUGCCCGCCAGUACCGGCCGAACGAUCGGCAUGAAGAUGAUUUCUCUACAAGACGGAGGUGCUGCAGGAUGUGCUGUGGAAGGGGCUUUUGAAAUUCCCGAGGGAAUGAAGACUGCUUCAAGGUCGCGGUCGGCGGGCCCAAGGAGCUCCAUGACGUCGCUGUCGUCUGAAAUGAGUGAUCUGUCUAUAUCAUCACAGGAAGAAGGAUCGACGAGUUCAUCUAGCAGCCGAUCGCUCAAGUCUGGCACUGUGAAUCGUCAAUCAGUUGGCUCCAGCAUCUCCAAGACGCUAGGUGCAUGGCCCGGAGCCGGUUCUCGAGACACCUCGCCGCAGGGCACUGUGACGUUGCUGGGCGCCGACAGCAUGCCGUUCGGGCUGAUCAAUGCUCAUGAACUCACGCCGUUUCGGACGGCCCUGGCCACGAUGAUGAUUUUCAACAAGCGCAAGAGAGUGCGCACUGUGGUGGUUUUCGGAGCGGGUAAACAGGCUUACUGGCACAUUCGGUUGGCUCUGACGCUGCGUGCGGCGGAUAUCAAGCGGGUCGUUAUCGUCAAUCGAUCAUUUGAACGGGCAGCCAGGCUUCUCAAGGAUAUCUACUCUCCUGAGAACUCAAGCUGGCGCGGUGACGUGAAAUUCUCCGCUGUCAGUACUGAUUUCGGCGAGUACGACCGUAUCAUCCACGAUGCUAUCCAUAAAUCAGACGCGAUCUUUUGCUGUACUCCGUCGAUCGGGCCGCUUUUCCCCCCUGAGCUUCUCACCUCCCGCGAAGGUCGCCGAAAGGGUCGAUUCAUUAGCGCCAUUGGGUCGUACAAACCUCACAUGACCGAGCUGCAUCCAGACAUUCUGCGCGAAGAGGUGAUCGCGCACCAUUCCGGUCGGCAUUUCCACAAACACGUUAAACGUAGUGGUGUCGUGGUCGUCGACAGUCUCGAAGCUGCUCUGAAGGAGGCCGGAGAAUUGAUCCAGGCGGGCAUCAAGCCGAACCAGGUUGUUGAGCUGGGAGAGCUCCUGAUGGUACGGGACGCAUCGCGAAAGGACAACAACCAGGACGGGGAAGACACCAAGAGCCUGCGCGAGUGGGUUGAACGAGGCAAUGUCAUCUACAAGAGCGUAGGCCUGGGCUUGAUGGACCUGGUGACUGGAGGCGAUCUCGUCCAGAUGGCUCGGACGAGAAAUGUGGGAACCAGCGUGGAGGACUUUUAG